CAGACGUCAGUGUCAAAACUGUCAUUAAGUGUCUCACAAAAAUUUUGAGGUUAUAAUUUAAAUUAAAAUAGAAAACACAAGAUAUUUUUACUAAAUUGCCUUAUAAAAUAAUCCAAAAUGCCGUUCAUGAAAGGAAGAGCCCCUAUUCGACGCACUCUGGACUACCUGAACGCGGGAAAGCUAGUUUUCAAGGACAGAGUCAGGAUAUUCUCGCUCGCCUACAACAUCACCGGGACAAACAAUGCAGGGGCGAAAGACUUCGUCUUCUGGUAUUUACCACAGAUCCAGUACAAAAACCCGGACGUCCAAGUGGCCACCUUGAAAAACCUAACGCCAUCGCCCUUCAUAAAGUGCUAUUUUGACGAUGGCAGGCAUAUUCUCGUUGACAUUGAUAAUAAGAGCAAAGAAGACAUACUGCAGCAUUUAAUCAACACCAUAGGCAAGUCUAAAGAGAUCCUAGAAGCUGAAGCAGUUGAAAAGGAGGACAAUCCAGCCAAUUUCGGUAUCGGCUGUGAGCGAGCAUGCAUCUGUGAAAUGAACGGGCAAGUUCCAUGCCCCGGUGUUGUGCCUUUACCAAAGUUCAUGAGAGGAAAGUUCAAAUAUCAAACUAACUAAUUAAGUAUUAUUAAGAUUUGUAGAAGCUACUUUGUAUUAAAAACUUUCUUGUCUACAAUUUCUAAAAUGUUUGUCUAAGAAUGAAACUUACAGAGUAGUAGAUAAGCAUCUUAUUUAAUUUUAAGACUUGUAGAUAGUAACAAUAUUACAAUAGAUUUAUAAAACAAAUACAA